AUGGCAAUCAUGACCAUGACGGCAAAUGACACCAAACCCAAGCAUUCCAAGGUACCCAAAGGUGUCAAGCUGGCUCCUGAGAAUGAGAGGUACAUGCGCGCCUGCUCAGAUGUAGCGAGUGCCUUGGUCGACGACUGGGAGAGUCAACUCGACGGCAAGAAGCCCAAGAAGGACCUCAAUCUCAACACAUUACGCAACAACAUCGCAAAGAAACACUUCCUCAGCAACACUCCGCCUCUUACCGCCAUCAUCAAUGCCGUCCCCGAACACUACAAGAAGUACAUUUUGCCUCGCUUGAUCGCAAAGCCCAUCCGAAGUGCUUCUGGUAUUGCCGUUGUUGCCGUCAUGUGCAAGCCUCACAGAUGUCCGCACAUUUCCUACACCGGAAACAUUUGCGUCUACUGUCCUGGAGGUCCCGAUUCCGACUUUGAGUACUCGACUCAAUCCUACACCGGAUACGAACCUACUUCGAUGCGUGCAAUUCGCGCCAGAUACGAUCCAUUCGAACAGGCAAGAGGAAGAGUGGAUCAGAUCAAGUCUCUGGGACACUCGGUUGACAAGGUCGAAUACAUCAUCAUGGGCGGCACCUUCAUGUCGCUGCCCGUCAGCUACAGAGAAGAGUUCAUCUCUCAACUACACAAUGCCCUCAGUGGCUUCCAAGCGACCAACGUCGACGAGGCCGUCUUGGCUGGCGAGAUGAGCAGCACAAAGUGUGUUGGUAUCACGAUUGAGACGAGACCUGACUAUUGUUUGGAUCAGCACUUGAGUGAUAUGCUGCGUUAUGGAUGUACCCGUCUAGAAAUUGGAGUCCAGUCGUUGUACGAGGAUGUCGCGCGUGACACCAACAGAGGCCACACUGUUGCAGCAGUCGCAGAGACUUUCAAGUUGGCCAAGGAUGCAGGCUUCAAGGUCGUGAGUCAUAUGAUGCCUGAUUUGCCCAAUGUUGGCAUGGAGAGAGAUCUGGAUCAAUUCAGAGAGUACUUUGAGAACCCUGCAUUCAGAACCGAUGGUCUCAAAAUCUACCCGACACUGGUCAUUCGAGGAACUGGAUUGUAUGAACUGUGGAGAACAGGCCGCUACAAGAACUACACGCCCAAUGCACUGAUUGAUCUGGUUGCCCGCAUCCUGGCCCUGGUACCGCCAUGGACUCGUAUCUACCGUGUCCAGCGUGAUAUUCCCAUGCCUCUUGUUACAUCAGGUGUCGAGAAUGGUAACCUGCGUGAGCUGGCCUUGUCUCGUAUGAAGGACUUUGGCACGACAUGUCGCGAUGUCCGUACACGCGAGGUUGGUAUCAACGAAGUCAAGAACAAGAUUCGACCCUCGCAGGUCGAACUGGUGCGCCGUGACUACACAGCAAAUGGCGGAUGGGAGACGUUCCUGGCUUAUGAAGACCCAAAGCAAGAUAUUCUGAUCGGUUUGUUGCGUCUACGCAAGUGUAGCUCAACGCACACUUUCCGUCCAGAGCUCACUGGGCAGCCAACAAGUCUGGUUCGUGAGCUACACGUCUAUGGCUCGGCGGUGCCGGUUCACGGACGCGAUCCCAGAAAGUUCCAACAUCAAGGUUACGGUACACUGUUGAUGGAAGAGGCUGAGAGAAUUGCGCGUGAUGAACAUGGUAGUGAGAAACUCAGCAUCAUCUCUGGUGUAGGAGUACGCAGCUAUUAUGCCAAGCUCGGGUAUUGGCUCGAUGGGCCGUACAUGAGCAAGUGGCUGAAGCCCAAGGAUGAUGAGGAGAGUGACGAUGGUUUCUGA